AUAGACCUUAGCUAUGCUGACCCAUCCAAAUAUACCUAAUAUAUCUGCGUUAAUUUUAGUAAAUACUGAGUAUUUUCAACGUCUAUGGUUAGCAAAUGUAUAGGGACCUUUAUAUAUUUUUUAAUAUUUCUAUUUCGAGUCUGGCAACAUUAUACGCCGGCAGUGAAGAAAAGACAAGCGAUCUUCACGAAUUUAGCUGAUUUUAUUUUGAUAUUUUCGGGUAUAUUUUUAAUUCUUGGCUUCAAAACAUUAUCAUAGCGACAAUGAAUAGUUUUGUUAAGUCCGCGCACCGAGUUAUACAAAGUUGCGUUAAAAGUACGGGCUUAGCUGGAGCUCUAGUCACCCGUGCACAGGCUCCUCCUGUAAAACGCGACUUUACGAGAGGAAUAUGGCACAUGAGCUGUUCCAAGAGCUUAAAUGGGCCUGCAGCAUCCACCGGCUUGCUUCACAACCAUUCCAACACAUGCGGCUGUGGAUGUGGCCUGAAGGCUUUACACACAAAAGGUGAGAGAGAGUUGGUGGAGUUCCUAACCGAGGAGAUUGUAGCCGAGCGCAAAGCACAGAAGGUGAAGACCCUGCCAAAGGAAGUAGAAGGCUUUGUUGUCCAGGGAGACGGUGCCGAAGUGGUGCUGAGCAAGCAAUUGAAGGAUGAACUUGUGAAGAUAACAUUCAAUGUGAACCACACAGUAGACUCAGAUGACUUGGAGGGCGAGGUGCAGCAGGACAAGCAGGAGUUUGCGGAGAUGCGCUCAAAGCCCCAGUUUGAAGUGGACAUAGUUCGAGGAGACACCACACUCGGAUUCACCUGCUCAUACCUGCAGGAGCCACCACCAAGCACUGCUGAUGAAUAUAAUGACAUCUUUGGCAUUGAUGAAAUUACCAUCUACAAAGGAGAAUGGAACGACAAGGUGUAUGCAGUCGCUGGCGACGUGCUAGACGGAUACUUGUACGACCUCCUAAUGAAUCUUCUAGAAGAAAAAGGUGUCAGCAAUGAUUUCGUUCAGAAACUGUCAGACUUCAGCACUGCGUACGAACAUGCUGCAUACAUUAACCUCCUCGAGACGGUAUCAAAGUUCACCAUCGGAAAGUAGUAGUGUUUGACUGCACACGUAUACGUGGUGGGUGUGGUGGUGUGCCAGUGUCGCUGAAGUACAGUACAGUAAUUUAAUAAACUGACAGUUAAUUCAAUAUAUUUAUUGAAAACUACAGGACCUCCUUUUUUCUCUACUAUACUUGACCAUAAAUGCAGUUAAAGUCUCAAAAUGUGAUAUUGAAUCUUUAUGGUCAUUUAUUUUACAAAACAUUUCGUCUUAAUUACCGUGUUAGACGAUAGUCAGUCUAGUUUAUCCAAUCAAUUAAAAUAAUAAACUGCUAUCAGUAUGUUGUAAAAGUCAGUUUAUUAAAUUGCGCUAUAGAAUAAUACAUAUAUUGUAAUAAUUUGAUAGACUGCCUCGGCACGAUGACAGAGCACACAGAGAAGUUAGAAUAUAUAAUAUACACUACUAAAAAAUAUCCCUGUACUACAGAGCAUCGCAAAUUUUCGCCAUAUGUUGUGAAAUUUCUAGUGUCUCUUUGUGUUCUGUGGGUAUGAUCCUGAAACACUCUUUGUUUACAUUUGGGUCUCUGAUAUUUUUCUCUAUUAGUACUACAAUUAUAAAAUCAUUAAAUACAGAACAAAAUAAUAAACAUUGACUUCUCUAGAGGCGUGUGCAUAUAAUGACGAAUGAGUGAUUAUAUUAAAAUAUUUGAUAAUGAUAAUGUUAUCUUUCCCGCCUUUUUAGCAUGGUAUAUGCAUGGAAGAGCUGUAUUAUCAGUAAAAUUAAAAGUUGUUUAAGAAUUUUGAUUUAAAAUAAGAUAGGCAAAGUCUAUAUUGUAUGUUAAAAUUUCAAUUUAAUUUUACGAGUUUUCCAGAUAGUUCGUCAACUAUCUGGAAAACUCGUAACAUACUUCAUUUAACUACGUCUAGUUAAUUAAAACUUACAAGUCACUUUGAGGUUCAACAGAAUUAGAUUAUUUUCUGUCGUAAUUAUCACGCUCUGGAAAUCGAUGAAAAAUUUUGGAAUAAAAUCUCAUAAGAAAGAAAUAUCCUCCAGUCAAUGAUCAUGAUCAAUAAUAAUAACUCUGAGGAUUAACUUUGAGUUAGUUGCAUAUAACUAGUAGAUGAUUUCAGAGACCGAAAUCUAAAGAAUUUAUGGAGGCAUCAUUCACAUAUGGGGAGAUAGAAGAGCAUUUAUUUUGCUUAGGACAGCUUUAAAAAUAAUUUUAGUUAGACACGUGAGUGUGCCGUUGAUUAUUGUUAGUGUUAAAUAUUAGUUUAAAACAUGUCAAUAAAAUUGUCCAAAGUGA